CACUAAGUUCUGCAGUAAUUAUUUUAUGUAUUUGUGAAUUUUCUGAGCGCCAUUGCUUUUUACCGAUGUAACGUUGAAAUGAUUUUAAUCAGUUUUCAUCGGCAAUUCUGUGUAAUGUUUUAGCAAAAUACUGAGGUGAUUGUGUACUAAAACUAUCGAACUUCUAUAAGUUUUGUGCUGGGCUUUGUCAUGGCCGGUAAGUGAUGACUUUUAGCGCCCGCUAGACAAGGGCGAAGUCGGAAUCAGAAAUCGCAAUAAGUUGAAGAUGUUUUAUCGUUCGAACUCCGACGGCAAUGGUGGGGAGACGACAUGGUGUUUCAGUCAGGUGAAAGGCACCCUAGAGGACGACGUGACGGAGGCCGACCUGAUAUCAUGCGUCGAGUUCAACCACGACGGCGAACUACUCGCCACCGGCGACAAAGGCGGCAGGGUUGUUAUAUUUCAGAGGGAUCCAGCAUCAAAGCAAUGUGUCCCCAAGAAGGGCGAAUACAAUGUAUACUCCACUUUCCAAUCACACGAACCAGAGUUCGACUACCUCAAGUCACUGGAGAUAGAGGAGAAGAUAAACAAGAUACGGUGGCUCAAGAGAAAGAACCAGGCUCACUUUCUACUGUCCACAAAUGACAAGACUAUUAAGCUUUGGAAGGUGUCAGAGCGUGACAAACGCGUGACGGGCUACAACACGCGCGAGGAGGGCGGGCGGCCGCGGGACCCGGCGCGCGUCACGCAGCUGCGCGUGCCCACCGUGCUGCCCGCGGACCUCAUGGUGGAGGCGUCGCCCAGACGAAUAUUCGCGAACGCGCACACCUACCACAUAAACUCGAUCUCGCUCAACUCGGACCAAGAGACGUACCUGUCGGCCGACGACCUGCGCAUCAACUUAUGGCAUCUCGAGAUCACCGACCAGAGCUUCAAUAUUGUCGACAUCAAGCCCGCCAACAUGGAGGAACUCACCGAGGUUAUAACCGCGGCUGAGUUCCACCCGACUGAAUGCAAUCUCUUUGUAUAUUCUAGUAGUAAGGGUACAAUAAGGCUAUGCGAUAUGCGCGCGGCGGCGCUAUGCGACCGGCACGCGAAGCUGUUCGAGGAGCCUGAGGACCCGCACGCGAGGUCCUUCUUCUCCGAGAUCAUCUCCUCCAUCAGCGACGUGAAGCUGAGCAACUCUGGCAGAUAUAUGAUGUCAAGAGACUACUUAGGUUUAAAAGUAUGGGAUCUUAGAAUGGAAACAAAGCCUGUAGAAACAUAUCCAGUGCACGAGUAUCUCCGCUCAAAGCUGUGCUCGUUGUACGAAAACGAUUGUAUCUUUGAUAAGUUUGAGUGCUGCUGGAGCGGCGACGACCAGCGGCUGAUGACCGGCUCCUAUAAUGGCUUCUUUAGGAUAUUCGAGCGCGGCGGCGGCGGCGGCGGCGCGGGCGCGGGCGCCGGCAACGCGGCGCGACGCGGCGAGCUCACGCUGGAGGCGUCGCGGGACGCGGCGGCGCGGCCCCGCCAGCCGCUGCGGGCGAGGCGCGUCGCCGCCACCGCCAAGAGGAAGAAGGACGAAAUAAGCGUAGACUGUUUGGACUUCAACAAGAAAAUCCUCCACACGGCGUGGCAUCCGCACGAGAGCAUCAUAGCAGUGGCGGCGACGAACAACCUCUUCAUAUUCCAGGACAAAUUCUAGCGGGCCCCCCACUUUCCCGGCCUUAGGUGAGAGAGGACAUAGUAAUUGUAUAGGCGCGGCUGAUCUAGGGCACUCGUCUUAGGAGCUUGGGCCCCAUUUGCUAGGAGCUUGGGCCCUCGGUUAAAAUUGACCCCACUCAUUCACUAUAAGCAGAAAAUGCAACAAUUAUAGGCAAAGAUUUUAUACUAUAGAUAUGUCAUUAGCGCGUCGACACUGAGGCGGACAAAUUUAAAUUGUCUUAAUUUCAUUUGGUCGCAUUGUGAACAGCGAAAGUUAUUUAAACAAAUAAUACCUAAAUAUUGUCUACAAUGUUGAGUAAAAAAGUGUAAAAACUAUGUAUAAAUAUGUAUUAUAAGUAAACAAAAAUUGUGCAUGUGCAUUCAGUGGAGUAUCUAAAUUCGGAUCACUUUUUGCGGUGAUUUUGUUGGCUCGUAACAUAGCUAAUAGUAGAAAAUCUUUGGUUAUAGAGUAUUUUAAAUUAGUUUCCCAGUGUUUAGCGGCUUAUGCCCUAUUUGUAAGGGCCCUCAUUUAAAAUUGGCCUCUUUCCUUCAUACUUGAAACGAAAUAUAAAACAGUUAUGUGCGUUUAAUUAAGAUUUAUAUGGGCUUGGGCCCUACAUGUAAGGGGCUUCAAAUAAAAGUCCUUAAACAAAUAUAUCAGUUAUGUUGACAAAUGUCUCAACGGUUAAUGGGCCCUAAUGGGGCGUCAUUUAAAAUUUAUCCUCACGCUUUCAUACUUCCACAUAAUAGUUAAACAAUAUUUUACAUAUAACUAAGGUCUAAAUAAGGUCUCUAGUUUUUAGGAGCUUGGGCCCUAUUUCUAAGGGGCCUUAUUUAAAUUGGCCUCCAACCAUGGUGAAUAUAAAAUAGGCCCACAGUAUUUACAUUUAUCUACUUGAGCGGACUCAGGUCUCUAAGGCCCAUGUAAGGGGACGCAUUUUAAAGUUGGGCCCCAGUCUCUCAUGUAAUCAUUGGAGCUUUUUUUUUAUAAUGGGACUAUUUUUAAUCUACAUACACUAUCGAUCAUACAAAAAAAACAGUUACAAGAGGCUUUGUUUGAUUGGGGCCUCUUUUUAAAUGCGACCCCUGACCCUAUGUUCAAUAAAGGGUUGAUAUUUUUUUUCUGCUGCGCCUAUUGUUACUAGAGAUUUUUUAUAAUAGUUGUGACUAAAAAGUACCAUUGUUAAGCUAAUAAUGAUCCGAAAAAAGAUUUUUGGUGGUAAAGAAAUUAUUGGACAGUUGCAAAUUGUUAACAAUUAUUAAAAAAAAUAUUAAACUUUAUUGUGCUUGCCUUUCAAAAUUUUUAUAAAUAGUAUAUAGAAAAUGUUGUGCGUUCUAAAUAGAUACAUGUUUCAAAAAUUUUUUUUUUUUUUGUAAAAAUCGGUUUUUUUUAAUUUAAAUCGGUUAGCAUGAGAAUAUAUGAAAAUGCUCAAUUAAUAAAAAUGGUACUCUUUUCACAACAAAACAAUUUUUUCCAUACAGAAUUUGUCCAUACAAAGUGUAUGGUGUAGGAAAGAACUUAAUUUAUGUAACGAUAUACAGGGUGUUCGGGAGUAUUUGCCAUAACUCUGAAGUUAUAUUCUUUACCGAAAAGUAAUUAAAAAUGUUCAAGGAACAUAAAAUUUAUUUUUUCGAGGCAAAUAAUAUUUUUUUUGUAAAUAGAUCUUAAAAUGUGUCCCAUAAACGCAUCCUUAUAAUUAUGACGUAGCCAAGUUUGAACACGCGUUAAAUAUAUACAGAUAAACGCGUGUGUUACAUGGAUAGUCGGAAUUAUUUGAAUUACUUUGUAUGAAAACAUAAAAAGAUUAGUUAUGCAGUUCGGCUCCUAUAAGUGUACUCGUCAACACUUUGAAGUUAUGGGAAACACUCCCGAGCACCCUGUAUAGAAUAUUUAUGUUCUAUACUGAUGAAGUAAUUCGUUAAAAAUGUCCUCUUUGCCUGUAUGGCCUAAUAUGCACAAUGAGAUAAUAAAUUAAUUUUGUCUGUUUAUCGUUCUCUUUCGUUCCCAUAGCAAUGAUAUGUAGACAAAAUAACUUUGUUAUAUCUUAGUGUGUAUUUUGGCGUUUUGGGGUAGGUUUUAGUCAUGUCAUGUUACAAAAAAGAGGGGUAGCUGUCAGUUGAGAUUAGUUUUUUUUCUAUACAUCAAAAACAAUCUCAUAUAUUUUUUUUUUUAGUUAGGCUGUAUAGUCAUUGACCUUUGCCUAUCGCAGGCGAUAAAUAUAAAAGAAUCAUGCUUUCUUUAUUUUUACGGCGUCGGUGCAAGGCAUACAGCUGUCCUUAAAUAUUUUUUUUGUUAUCGAAGAAAUUAAUGCAGCCAGUAUUUGAUAGUUUAUCGUAAAAUGUUUUUUUACACCUUUUAUUUUUUGUUAAGGGCAACGUUUUAUGCAUCAUCACAUUUUGAUUUUGUAAAAUUGUAGAAUCAUCACUGACAGUUACAUCUAUGAUGAUAAUAAGAAUUGUUAAUUGUUUAAAAAAAAAAAACACGGUUCUUCGGAUUGUAUGGUUGUUAUUUUAGUAAAGAAACGAUAAACUGCCUUCUGUUGAAACCAUUCACACAUAAAUACCACCGUACAUACCAAAUAGUUAAUAGAAUUGAUUAAUCUAGCUAAUGAUACAUUUCAAAUUUUAAAGGAUUUUUACAUAUCACGUUAAAACAAGGCAAAAAAGGCAAGCGCGUCCAAUCUUACGCCUCAUCAUUGCAUUAAAGAAAGAAAGAAAGAAAAAAAUUUUUUUUUUGGUCAUUAAAAACUUAAAACUAAGCUUUUAUAUAAUAAAAAAAAAGAAAAAGAAAAGCGCAUUGACCAAAUAAAGGACUCCUACUUAGCGUAAUGUUGCAGCGCUGGUUUUCAGUUAUUUUUUAAAAGGGUGACGUCACUAGCGCAAACAACAGUUAUUAAAAAUAAGCAACAACAAAAAAAUACUUAAAACAAAGCAUUAGGCAGUCAAACGCCUUUUUUCCAUAAAAACUACAACCAGACUACGUAAAAAGGUGUCUAAAAAGAACGAAACAAGAAAAUAUUUCAGAUCAAAAUAGAGAAAUGCAUAUGUACAAAAAUGGUCACCCGUUAAAGCAUAGCAUUUUUUUUAGAAUUUAAACUAUCGUGAAUGAUAUUCAUAGUAAUUGAUUAUCCAAAUAGUUUAAAUCGUGCCGCGUUGCAAGAAUCAGCUCAUGUCUAAGGGCCCCGUAUGGGUUCAAAACUACUCCUACCUUACCUAUAUCACGUGAGCCGUGUUUCAUAAUCACUAACAUUUUAUAUAUUUUUCAAAUGUUCUGAAUUUUACUACUUAGUUUAUUUUCCGCGCAUGAUUUGAGAAAAAAUACUAUACAAGCCUUGGCCGCAACUAGGCAUUGAUGGGCUUACGUAUGUGAGCCUCGGCUUCGUCUCGGCCCAAAUUCAUAUGUUCGUCCAUCAAAGCCUUUUGCCGGCCGCUGUAGUAAUAAAAGCCGUUGGCCGAGCAAUAUCAACAUCUGCGCGUUAUGAUAUAGGCAAAUGAAACGACUGGGCCGCGCGAACUGUACCUUUUACCGCAUUAUAAAGAUAUAUUUUGACUUAAACAAUAUGAUAUACAACGUGUUAGGUAAAUGGUAUAACAUCCCUAAAAGUACUCAUAUAUUUGAUAUUCUAAACACAAUUCUGUGUAUAAAAGAAUUCAUUUAACAAACUUAUAAUUUUAAAAAUUUGCUGCAUAACCCUAACUGUAUUUGAAUAGCGAAUUCAUAAGUUUUACCAAUAAUAAUGUAAGAGUCCAAUGCAAAAAGUUUAGCUAGGGUUGACACCUCUAGGUUUUAAGCAAUUUCUUAAAGUCCUCUUUAUAAAUUCAUUAAUUCCCUCAGGAUCCUCAGGACUAGGAAGGUCGUAUUUUUUAUAGGCAUGUAUUACUCCUCCCUAACUCUUGUUUGACGGCUUGAUAGGGUAUUUACCAAACACCUUGUAUAUUUUACCGUUAAAUUGUAAAAUACGUUAGUUUAUUAACAUCUGCGUGUUAUGAUAUAGGUAAAUGAAACGACUGUACCGCGCGAACUGUACCUUUUACCGCAUUAUAAAGAUAUAUUUUGACUUAAACAAUAUGAUAUACAACGUGUUAGGUAAAUGGUAUAACAUCCCGAAAAGUACUCAUAUAUUUUGAUAUUCUAAACAUAAUUCUGUGUAUAAAAGAAUUAAUUUAACAAAAAAAUUUGUUUCAUGACCCAACUGUAUUUGAAUAGCGAAUUCAUAAGUUUUACCAAUAAUAAUGUAAGAGUCCAAUGCAAAAAGUUUAGCUAGGGUUGACACCUCGAGGUUUUAAGCAAAUUCUUAAAGUCCUCAUUCAUUCCCUCAGGAUUCUCAGGACUAGGAAGCUCGUAUUUUUUUAUAGGCGUGUAUUACUCCUCCCUAAGUCUUGGUUGACGGCUUGAUAGGGUAUUUACCAAACACCUUGUAUAUGUUACCGUUAAAUUGUAAAAUACGUUAGAUAUUAUAAUCUGCCGUCAUAUUGUGAACUGAAAAUACUGUUUACAAUUUAACGUGUAAUUUUUUGGUAUAUUAUAAUCUAUCGCAACAUUUUUGGACCCCAGCAUCCACGGGUUCUUCGAAUUAUGUGAUUUAAGUGAAUCGAAAAAUAAUUAUCAUACAAUCCGUUGCAUCGCUAGCUAAGUCCGUUAAUCAAAACUGAUAUAAUUUAUACGCUUUUCAUACUUAAGGUUCUACAUGAUAAUUAAGUAUUUAUUGUUGAAGAAUACAGUUUAGGAUUCGUCGCUUGAUUAACCCCAUCAAUGAGAUUUUUUUUAUUAUUAUUACCAGUAACUGCUCCUAGACUAUAGUCUAUAUGAGAUUUGCUCCAGUGUCUUGAGUAAAGUGACAAUGGACUGUACGCUCCUUAUCUUAAAAUUGUAAGUGCUGUACUAUUUAUUUUGUUAAAACUCCGCUGGCUUUGAAAAAGAAUGACAUUAAGCUUUAACACAAGGGAAUUAGGUCAAUUUUACUCUAACCACAUGUUCUACCAACAUUGUAAAUCCCAUAUUUAGUGAGCCUUUUUUGAUAUCGAAUGAAUACACAGAUUUAUGACAUAUAAGAUACUUAUUGCUUGUUCAAAUGUACACGACUCAUGUUGUUACAUUAAUUUGUUUUUGUAAAUCGAAAAAAAAAAUCAAAACACAUCUAAAUGUCACAAGUACAUGGUAAAAUUUUAUGAACCCUCAUCAGUCAACAAUUCAGUUAAAAUGAUGACUUUGUGUUAGAAAUUCGUUUCCCCAUAAUAGAAAAACGCCCGAUUGCCUUAUCCUCAGACUAAUUUUAAAUAAUCUUCUAUCCCAUUUCAAUUUACCAACAAAAUUGUUGUUGUUUUUGAGGGGGACGAUAUAAACUCACACAUCGAAAAUAUUUUACAUCAAUAAAUAUAUCCAUAUACUACACACAACUAUAAUUUUUAAAUCGUUAUAACAAUAAAACAUCGAUCCUUUAGACACAGUUUGCAUCCAUACGUUAGAUCAUGAUCAUAUAGUUUUUACAGAUGGGUAACCUCUAUUGGGGCAGGUCCUAUAUGUAUAGGUAAUUAGUCUGUGGGUUUAUCCGAUGCUCAUUGUACAUAGGCUAAGAGCCUGCUGCCGAAUAUCUGCCAUCUGCCAAUCACUAAAAAUUUACAAAAAAAUGUCUUUUUUGGUAUUAAUAAUAUUUUUAAUUGUUUCAAAUGUAAUUAUUUGGUCAGAAAAUGACACCCUGAUAAAUACUUUUCAACACAAUACAUUUUUUUUUUAAUUUGAAAUAGAUAGUCAGUUAAACUGAUAUUUAUAGUCUUCCCAAAAAAAAUAUACGUUAAAUUGAGACAAAGUCUUUUUGCUCAUUUCAUUAUAAUCAAUCUAUUCCUGGAAGGCUGUUUGGCUUUGGAUAUAGUAGUCAGUUUUGUGCACAGGGGUUUUAAGCAGGGGCGAGGGUACCUAACAACCCGAUUCCUAUCGGGUUAACUUUUAAAAAUCCACUCCUCCAAUACUGGUUUCGAAUGAAUCCUCAGAGUAUGCAGUGUAUUAAUACAUACAUGAAGUGCACGCAACUGGUUGUAGUAAAGUGUAAUUACGAGUAAAAUGUCUGUUGACUUACCACUACAUGUAAAGCUAAACGGACUUCUCGAAAUAGAUUGAUUAUAUAUACUUAAGGCGCACUUAUUCUAAUAACGAUUUUUGAUACUAGCUGCGUAAAUAUUUAAAUUGUUUUUAAUUGGCAACUCUACAUAAUCACACAUUGUGUUGUGUAUUUAUGAGUGAGUGCACAAUGCAAUUUUCAGUCACUUUUCAGUGUGACAGUAAUUCAGUCUGAAGAGAGACUGAAAAAAAUAUAAGUCUGCCGCUUUAUUAGUCUCGAAAUCACCACUGUAUGCUUUCUGCAUCUAGCAUUUGCUUGGUUUGGACAGCACAAGGCUGAGCCUUUUUCGAGGUUGUGCCAUACAUGAGUGUGGUAUUUUGUUUUCUGAUACUUGAGUUAUGGUCUUGCCUUCCCCAGAUGGCCUAUUCACUAUUUUGGUCUCUAUUAUCAACAAAUAAAAAUAAACAUCAAAUCAAUUUAGAAAUGUUAUCUAUGUAUAUCCACCAGUAGACACCGAAUGACAUUUGUUACAUAGAAUAUCAAUUUUGUAUAUGUCAACUAGCAUACGUCAAAGAAAGUGAUUUAGCCUGCUAACAGGUAGUGGUUUAGUUGACAAAAAAACACCUACAGACAGACAGACAAAAAAAAAAAAUAUUGGCUUCAUUAUAGAUUAUAUAUUGCCCCGCAACAAACAUUUUCAAAAUAUCUUCAAUAAACAGUAGUGUGUGAUGUUAAGGUGUCAGGUAAUAACAAUUUACAUACAAUCUGAAUAAUUUUUAUAGCACACCCCUUAAACCUCAACGAAGAAAAUCAAAGCAACCAUCGUUAAAAAGUUUUUUUUUUUUUAUAAUAUCUUAAGAUUAUGUAAAAUAAUAACACGUUUAAUUUUGAUUAUAAUUUUUUUUAAUGUAGCAUGGAGUAUUCGCCUUAAGCCUUAUCGAAUGUUAACGUCAAAAAUGCACAUUACAUAAUAAAAUAGAUAGAUGUCAUAUGACAUAUGUCAUAAUUUGUUGUGAUAUGUCAUGAUAUUCAGGGAUUAAUUGGGCAUAUAAACAUUUACAGCGAUCCGUGUCUUUUUUGAUGUGAUUUUUUUAGUUUCGUGUAUUGUAUGUAUUUAUAAGGAAAAUGUGAGCAGUAUGUUUUAAUUGAAAUGAGAGAGAGAUGAGAAAAAAAAAAUGUAAAUAAACGAACGAAUGGAGGCCUGUUAUAAAUAUAGAUUAACAAUGUCACAACGUCGUAAGAACAGGUGGUGUAGGGAGAAACGCAGGUGAAGCCACGGGACAAAAUAAUACAAUUGCCUAAAUGCAUUUAUUAUAGUUCAGGAGACGGUAUACAAAACGUAUGUGUUUUUAUACAUGUUUUUUUUAGCCACAUUAUCAUUUGUCAAAUUGCACCUAAUUAAAAAAAAUGCUUUAGUUUUGUUUAUUUUAUAAUUUUUCCAUUGUUUUGAGAAUUUUUAAAAUGGGCUAAAAAAAGACAAUUCUGGUACUUGAUCUUUACUUUCAUUUUGUACGAGAUAACAUGAGAUGUGUUUUAAAUACAUGGAAUAGAACAUAAAAUGUUUAUUCACCUAACAUUUUGCAUAAAAAUCUUAAUAAUUCAAAUCUCUAUGUCGUGACGAAACUUGGGUUUCUUCUACACCACCUAUUAUUAUGUAUUACUAUUGUACAGUUUAUAUACAUAUAAUUGUACUUGUAAAGCUUGGUAAUAAUAAUACUAAUUAUGUUCACCGAACUAUUGAAUAGUAAUAAAAAAAAAAUGUUAUUUUUUUUUUUGUAAAACGUGAAUUAAGUGUUGUUAAAAGCGAUAUUAUGUGAAGUUCAUAUAAAGCCUCUAACGAAGAAAAUGUAAAAAUUAGAAACUUGUAUAAGGCACUCAUAUUACGCUUGAGCGCAACAAAUAUAGUUUGAGAGACGGUCGACAAAACGGCUGCGUGUUUUGUACGUGAUUUUUUUUAAGUACGUGGUUUUUUUUGUACAAGUUAGUAUUGAGAAGCAAUAAUCACGAAAUUUUCAUUGGAAAGGUUCUGCUAUACUCGUAUUAUAAAAAUAAUAUUUUUUUAUGAUUUUACAAUUUAUGGCACAAAUGUGAAAUUUAAAAAAGAAAUCGUGCAUAAAUCAUGUACGCCAUUUUGUAACCGUCUCCUGAGCUAUUAAGAACAAACUUGUUGAUCGAUUUUUGUAUAGGAUCUAAAUACUUUUCUUUUCUUUUUUUUCGUAAUCGGGGCCCGGUCAAUUUCACCGCGCGAUUUAGAUUAAGCGAACACAAUAAAAAUAACUCGAUAUCUGCUAAACGCUACUGUAUUGGCUGAUUGGUGGUAAGCUGUUAAUCCAUUCGGUAUGAGGGGAUGACUGAGGGUUGUAAGAAAUCCACUAAGAUUUAUCAUCGAGUGACCCUUAUGUUCAGUGUUAUAGGGUCACAGCUCAUUAAAGCUGAUUCGCACGCGACCACUACCUCGCCUGGUUGGUAGUUUUCGUAAACAUCCCGUAUCCUCUCUCAUGCUUUAUGGUGAAGCAGCCUUAAGGUCAGCACUGACUUAACGCCGCACCACACAUGUAUUGCACAUUGUUUGUAUUGGCUGAAUGCUGUGUAGGUACUGUAGAGUUUUUUUUUAAUAAAUGACACAGGAAUUGAGUACUAUUUUGUGAUACUUAUUUGCAAUGAUUGAAUUGUUUUUACAAAAACUGCAUUUAUAGCGAGUUUUGGGAAAUUGUAAAUGAAUGGAACGGAUGUUCUUAAUGUUUCCAACCCACCUUUUUAGGUGAUUCCUAAGGAUGGACUGUUGAAAAUAAACUAAUUAAUAGGAUCACUGAGAUGAUGUUGGUUUCAAUUGAAAGUUAUGCGUUUUUUAUGGGUGGGUUCCACGCAUUCCAUAUUUCUUCCGCGAUCAUGCUUUAAAAAAAAGAAAUUUAAACCCUAAUUUAAAUAUUGAGCUAUGUGCUUUGCUGGUGCGGUGCGACGAUGUCAGUGACAACCUUUAUCUUUAUAGUGAUAAAUGUGUGAUAUUUAUCGAUGAAAAAUUUGCCUUGCAGCUAAGUUACUUAUUGCUUAGAAAGCAAUGUUUGGAAUUGACUAACGGCUGAACUAGACCUAUUCAUCCGUGUUCCUGUUUUUGCGUAACUAUGUCCUUUUUGACGUUUUGAAAACAUCGUUCAUUAGAGCGAGAUAAUGUUUACUUGUAACAUCAGGGAAAUUUGGGAAUGAAACAAUUAAUUGAUCCAAAUGGUCAUAAAAAAAAUUACAUGCUCUUUAUAAAGAGAAUUUGAAUCAUAAAAGGAAUAGUUAGGGCAAAUGGGACUUGAGCUGGAUAGGCCUAUACCAGUCAAAGACCCCACAUGUGUAAAAAAAAUGAGCUCUGUAGUAUAAUGCAAAGAGGUUUGAAUGUGCGUGUGAAUGAUUGAAGUGUGCGCGUAAUUUAUAGUUAUAGGUUAUCUAUAGGUUAUAGUUAGGCAAAAAAAAACUGUGAACGCAAACAGUGGUUAAGUAAUAAAAAAAAAAUCAAGUUUUUUCUUUCCUGCAUCGAGGGAUCAACAGGUCGCUUUGUGAUAUGGCCGUUGUGUGAUAAAGAUGGGACAUUAAGAGAGGUGUUUGUUUUACGAUGCCGCGAUGCGAUUGUUUGACAACGAAAUGAUUGUGUUACGCCGGCGUGUGCCCGCGCCUUUGCCUUGAUGACAAAUUAUUAAAAAAAAAAAAGUUGGAUUGUCAGUGUUUGUGCUGAUUUUAUACAAUUUAAGAUGUUACGAUUGAUUAUUAUAAUCGCUCAUAGUGUUAGUCGCUAAAUUUACUUAUUGAUCGCUGAACCGAUUUGUUGCUUCUGUGCAUUCAAUCUAAACUACUAAAUACGUCGACUAACAAACGUUAUAAUUGACGACCUGUCAAUGUUAUGUCUUUAAUCUUGCUUAUUAAUUAGUAAAAAUACCUGGAAAUAUUAUACAAAAUACCAUUGUUGUUAAGCAUCGUACCGAUGUAUUACAUAUCGAUACGCCGAUAUACGUUUAUACGUACGUAUAUAUUUUUGUUUAAAUGACUGUUAAAAAGUGCGCUUACAAAAGUAUUUUAAACGUUUCAGCGAUCGAAUAUAAGAAGUUAGUUUGUCGGUAACAAGCCAUUGAAAGGUUAACUUCUACUGUCAUAAUAUAAACAUGCUUUAAACCUCAAUUUUAUUCAAAGUAAAGUGAACCUAAUCACCACUGUUUAAAGUUCACUUUACUUUGGAGAAAAUUGAAGUCUGAAUCUUAAUCGAUGUUUAUAAAAAUCGCAAGCGAUUAAUCGACCGAGUCGAUUGAUUAUGCGAUCGCACCUACAACUUUGAAGUUUGCUAGUAUAUAGUUUUAUUUUAUAUUUUCGUUAUUAAGUCUAAGGUUCUGUCUUGGAAAGAAAGCGUACAAAUAAUGAUACCAUUCGAAAUUUUGUGAAUUUGUUUUUAUUACAUAAACUUGCGUUAUAACCAUGUCAUAUUUCGCACCUGUGAAAAUUGUUAAAAUAUGUUGUUUCUUUUUGUUUUGAAGAAUUGUAAAUCGAUUUGGAAAUUACAAUGGUGAAGCUUGUUAAGAUCAUAGUAAACGUUCUUUAACCGUUGAUUUAUUUUUACCAGUGAUAGAACUGUAUUUUGGAAUAUGGCUGACUGCACAUAUGGUUUUUUGGUUAAUUUUGUCGUUUUAUAAACUCAACAGUGGCCUGCGUAUCGCUCGUGCGAUUAUUAUACUGUCUACUUAAAAAAUGGAUUUAACUGUUGUAGUCGUUUUAGUGUAUAAAUUAAUAAUAUUUUUAAAUAGUUGACUAAAGCUUGCAGCUCAUAAGAGCCAACCGGCACCCGAUCAGCGCUGAAUUGCAUCGUGCGCACUUCUUUAUUGACUUUCGCUAGAUGUCAUGAGACGAUGCGGUUUGGGUGCGAGAGAGGUCUAAUGAGUUAUGGCCUUAAGUCUUAACUUAAACGAGCUCAUAUUAUGUGCAGUUAGCCUUGAAUUGGUUAAAUAGAUUGAAAGCGGGAUGUAUACUUCGGGAGGUACUUUAUAAAAAGUCAAGUCAGAAUUGUAUGAUAUAAUAUUUUGUAUGCAAAAACUUUCGAAUAAUAUUUGUAUACUUUUUUUUUGAGUUCGCACUUUUUGAUGAAGUUUUUUCGAUUGUAUCAUUAUCAUGAAUUAUGGUCUUAAUUUGGUUGUUUUUUUUUUGUCUGUUAAAGUAAGUGAUUACGUAUAAAAUGUGCCAUGUGUCAAGACGAAGGCGCGGACGAUGGGUUGUUUAUUCCAUUGAAGCAAUGAGGGGUCGCAACGAUGACGCGAUGCGCGCCAAUCGACCAAUCAAAAUGUUGGGUGAUGACGUGAUAUCUAUCUGUAAGGUGAUUGGUCAGCGAUCCUUGUUGUAGCUUCAGUCGAAAUGCAACCUUAGCGGAGAUGUUGUUGAAUCCAAUUUCCUAUAAUAUAAAUUUUUAUAUCUGAAA